CUUCGAGAAUGAAAAAUUGCUGAAGGCUUGAGUCGACUUAUAUGUCCAGUUCUUCUGCCCGAGUUAAUAAACAGAAACAACCACCAUGGCGGGGCUACCGCCCCCAACAAAACCUCCUCGCAGUGUCAAACACCCGAAAGAAAGCAGUGGGCUGUUAAUGUCUGUGAUCCGAACUUUAUCAGCAAGUGAAUCUAAUGAACAACGUGAUCGUGAGAAAGCUAAGCUAGAGAAGGAAUACAAACGCAGUGAUCAGCGUCUAGAUGAGCUUAUAUCAUUCCACCAUAAUGACCUCACACAGGUCAUGCAGGUAUUUGCUAAAUUAUCAGCAUCGGUAACAGCAUCCCGGGAAAAAAUUCUCGGUGUGAAAGAGAAUUUGCUAGCCUGCAAACAGCUAUUACAUUGCCGGAGAGAUGAGCUGAAGAAACUGUGGUUAGAAGGAGUUGAACACAAACAUGUUCUGCAGCUACUUGAAGAGAUAGAACAAUUAAGGGAAGUGCCCUCCCAGCUUGCAAUCUACAUGGCCAAAAAGCAAUACCUUAGUGCAACUAAGCUUUUGGUAAAGGCUCUCACUCUCGGUGAUGGCAGUCUGGAGAAGGUGGAAGCAUUGCGUGAGCUGAGGGGUGAACUUCAAGCCAAAAAACAAUUAUUACACAUAAAACUUUUGGAAGAGCUGAGCCAACUUCUCUAUGUUGAGUCCACCCAAGAAGUUUUGGCACUUAGGCGCCAGGGCUCUGGGCGAGACAUGAAUGCAUCUGCAUCACCAUUUCAAAGAGCUUCAGAAUUGAGAUCUUCCGCUAGGGGAAAGGCGAGGAGGAAUUUACUUGAAAUUAGUCCUUUUCCAGGUGCAUCUGCUGGCAGGGUGGGAUUGAGUCCCAAAGGAUCAAUGCCAGGAGAUGACUUUGACUUGUCAGAAGAUUUUGACACCACCAAUCUGCAGCUGAAUCCAGAGCAUUUCAUGGCUGUUCUUAUUGAAUGCUUAGCUGUUCUGGGGAAAAUACCUGAAGCUGUGGAGUCCUUGAAAGUUCAGAUGCAGUCUGAACUACUCGGUGUUGUGUCACGGACUACAAGAGCAUUACUGGAUGGAGUAGUAUUGCAAGCCCCUAUGACUGGGCCCUCUGCCACAUCACUACUGCCUGUUGCAGUAUUGCCAAAUGGUGCAGUCACUCCAUCCCAAAUCUCAAAUGGAGAUGUAAAACAGAAGAGCAUUGGUAGUAAUCAGUCAAAUCAUCCCCUACCUGAACUCUUGUAUACUCUGCUAGAUCAAUUCAGACGCAUCGCUGAAAGUCACAACUUUGUUUUAAGGCGCUUAAGUUAUACUUGUGAAAAAUACAUUUUAAAAAAUAUUCGCCUCUAUGAAAUAUCUGAUAUUUGGUCGAUGGUACAGGCUGUUAUGCAAUUAGUUCUGAAUGACUACCUUGACAUUCAGAACACAGCUGCUGACAACCAACAGGCUACUGCUUCAUUCUCUGAGCCUAGCAAUGAUAUAUCGUUCUAUUUUUCUCGUAGAAAAAUCCAGAGACCAAAGAAAAUGCCACUGUUUAAAUUUGAACAUUCUCUCAGUAUUUCAAAUGGAACUAUGCUUGCAGACAACGCUGACUUCAAAAUGCACUCAGAUGGCCGUCUUCAAAGAGAUAAGCUGUUGAUCUGUCCCUCUGACCCUCAUAACAUAACACUUAUUUUUAUACCAAUUACUAAGUUUAUUGAGGAAAUUGAGUUGGCAACAAAUUGCAAAAUUGGGGUUCCCUGCACAUUAAAUGCGUUUUUAGCUGACUACAUCAAAGAAGUGUUUCUUGGUCGUUAUCAAUCUAAAAUGUCAUCAACUAUAGAAAUGGUCACCAAGUCACCUGAAGCAUGGAGAGGCAUUAUCACCCCCGAGCAGAUGAGAGAAAUGCGAAGGACAAGACCUCUUCUUCAGAGCACAGUGUUGAUCGAAAGUUGUGUAAAAGAUCUACAGCAGUUGAUCAUGGCCUUGCCUGUGUACACUGAACAUUUCUUGUCAAUAGUCACCAACCUCCUAAGAAGCUAUCGUGAAAAUUGUCAAGCUGCAUAUCGGGGAAAAGUUCAGCCAGAAUCAGAAGAUAAACGCAUAUUCAGUGCUGCUUUUUUGAAAGAUGAAGAUAUUAGUAGAUUUAUAAAAUCACUACCAAAUUGGGCAAAUUUGCAAGCUCAGAAAGCUAUUCAUCUUCAGAGGCAGAAACGACGUGCCUUGCAUCGAGAGGAAACAACAGAUGAAGAAAGUCCAGAGGAUAUUCGCCAAAGAAAUGAGAAAGAAGCUGAGAUUCUUGCUAGUGCCUUGGGUGAGGGUGGAGUAAACCACCAUGAAAUUAUAUCUGACGUAAAGCAUUUAAGGAGCCUAGCUUUACUGCAGGAGAGCAUGGAAUGGUUUGCUGGCUGCAUCUACAGCUUUGCAAGUGAGCUUCCACGAUUAUCACCGACGAUACCUGUUGUGAGAGUUAUGUCUGAUGUUACUCCAGCUGCUCAAAGCGGCACUGUAGAAGGGCUCCAACAACUAGCAAGAGAGUUUGAAGAUCUUGCUGACACAUGUUUGCUAGUACUGCACUUAGAGGUGAGAGUGCAGUGUUUCCAUUACCUUCUUCCAAAAGUGAAGGAUUAUGGUCGCUUAGCUGAUUGUGGAAUGGAUUCCCAGGAGCCAGAUCCUAAAGUGUUGGAACUCACAAGGGCUUUAACUAGUUGUGAUGAAGCGCUUACAAACAUCUUACAACCUCUCAAGUGCAGAUAUGUUUUCGAGGGUCUGGGACAUUUCAUGUCAAAGAUCUUAAUGAGUGUAGCCCAAUACAUUGACAGAAUUGAUGAGGGUGGAAUUCAGAAGAUGUGUCGAAACAUAUUCACAUUGCAACAGACACUAACAAAUAUUACAAUGACCAGGGAAGUGGCUCUUGAUCAUGCAAGACACUAUUAUGAAUUGUUUUAUUUAACACCUGAGGAAAUUCUCAGUGGAGUGGUUGAAAAGGGACCUCAAUUUUCCGAAUUAGAAUAUAUGAAUGCUUUUCAACUAGUUCAUCGUAGUUACCCCGAUCAAGAUGUGACUGCAUUGAAUUCAUACUUGUCUCGCCUAUCAGAUAUACUUGGUGAAGUAGGAGUAACUGUAUGAUACAAGUAUGGCUCAGGCAGACGUAGUCUGUUCUGAGCUGUGCUUCUGUCUCUUUAAAAGGAUGAAGCUUAAAUACAGAACAAAAUUUAACAAUCUUACAGAUGUGGAACUGUAAAUGAUUUCAAAGUUGUUAGUAUACCUUUGCUUUCCUACCUGAGCAUGUUGCAAAAUUCAGGUAAAGUAAAUUAAAACAAAGAGUGAUUAGUGAGUAAAUGUAUGAUAUGCGCCCACUAUCUAUUUAAGCUUGGAAGUAUACAUUUUGUAGAUUGUCUAUUUAUUGUUACACACGUGAUUGUGUUUGAUUGCAUGGCUGGCUGAAAUAUCUGUGUGCAGAGCCCAAAGAUUUUGAUGGUCAUGUACAUCUUCUCCUGAUAAUGUAAGAGAGUUCCAUUUUGUAAAUCUUGUGCUAUGGUUUGUUAGAGACUCGACGAAAGUUUUAUACAUAGAAAUAUAUUUAUAAAUGUACUGUAGUAAUUAUUGUCAUAACUUUUUCUGUUUUGCCCAUUUCAAUGCCCACCUGUGUUUGGUUGGUAGGUACCUAUGGUAUGUAUGUAUUAGAUUGGUAGGUGCUAAAUACACUACGUAUAUAGUUCCGUUAGGAUGCAAUCCUAACUGUAUGUGAUACACACUUGUUAAUAUUCUGUUGUUCUCUCUCGUUUUCUGUUUGUUUUUAAAGUAACUUUAUUUUUACCAUUUUUAAUCAAUCGGAAAGAGUUAAUGAAGUUUCACCUAUCAUUGUUACGAUUCUCCUGGUUAUUUUGUCUAUUCCUUAUAUGUGUAUUCUCUUAUAAUCCCAAGAUACAGGAUCUGUUGGUGAAUACCUAUCUCCUCCUAUGAUGUGAUAUGUUUUCCCCAUUAAGUUUUUGUGUUAAUCAAAGUAAGAACUCCGUCGUAAUUUGAUAAUUUGCGCAUUGAAAAUUCAAUUUAACUAUGUGUUCAUCAAAGGUGCCUUUUAGUGAGUCAAAUGUGACUGAGCUUUCUAUUGUAAACAUUGUUUCAAAAAUGUUAACUGCUCAACUUGCAUGUUUGUGACUUUCAGAAACAAAACAACUGUUUACUGUUCAAAUAUUUUGAAUUUGGAAGUCUAAUUGUAAACAUUUGAGCUCUUCUCCAGCUUAUAAUAUAGUUUAUGUAAAGAAAUAAAACAACAUAAAACAAUCAAAUAACCAAAUAAUCCAGUUGAUUACUGUUAGCUUAAACCAUUAUCCUGUUCUUGUUGCCAUGGGGUAUUGGCCGAGUCAGUAGACCUACAUGUUGCGCAAUGCUCAUCUGAGGCACAAUUUUGGUUUAAAGUUGCACCUUAAAUGUGCAUCCUAUGUGCUAUUUGGUUAUGUUUGCUAACUGCCUUCCUAGCUGACAUUUUGAUGAUUUCCUUGAAAUGCAUCACUUAUGAAAGUUGGAAUGGGGCCUGUGCCUGUGUUAAUGCCAGAUAGUCACAGAAAAUCUCUCUCAAAUUAAUGUAUGUUAUUUUAUUUAUCAGUGUUCCCUUUGCUGUGUAUUCACACUUGUCCUUAUCAUUUCUUCCUUUUUUCCAUUAGUUGUCCCAUCCCUUUCCUUUUUAGUACAUGAGAAAUUUAAGUAUCCUUACGCGUCAAUGACAACUUCUUAAUUAAUCAAUCAAUUAGUUUCAAGUAUGCAUAUGAUUGCAGAAAAAUCUUAACACAAAAUUUGUAAUGAAAUUGUAUUAAAAAAAUUAUCAGAUGUC